AUGUCCAAAGCAAAGUACAUGUAUAAAAUUAUUUUUGUUGGAGAUUCAACAUGUGGGAAAACCGCGUUCAUCCAACAAUAUGUCAAUAAUUAUUUUACAAGCUCGUACAAAUCGACUUUAGGAGUUGAUUUCUCAUUCAAAGAAUAUGAUUAUGAUGAAAAUACUUGUUUUAAUUUGCAAGAUAUUGCAGGCCAAGAAAGAUUCGGAACCAUGACAUCGGUAUUCUACAGAGAUGCUGUUGUAGCCGUGGUUAUGUAUGACGUCACAAAUCCGAACACAUUCGAGCACACAAAGGAUUGGAAAGAAGACAUUGAUUCGAAGGUGUUUCUUCCUGCUCUUCAUGAAAAUGAAGCUGAUGACAUUCCAAUUCCAUGCAUUCUUGUGGGUAAUAAGAUUGAUUUACCCAAGAAUGAUAAACUAAAUUUCAAACCAUCGCAGCUGGAUGAAUAUUGUACCAAACAUAAGUUUGCUGGUUGGGUUGAAAUUUCAGUGAAAGAAAAGACAAACAUGGAUAAGGCUGUCAAAAUGAUUGUGGAACAAGUAUUAAAUUUUCAUCAAAAAGUUAUCCAAUAUUCAAGUGACAACAAGGAUGAGAAGGCGGAUUCUGGUAUAAUUAAUAUUGACAAACUUGUUAAAGACAUGCCAAAAACCGAUGAUGGUCUUAAUGGUGACAGCAAAAAGAAAGGAUCUCAAAAUUCAACUAGUUGUUGCGGAGGAAAGUGA